CCAAUUAGAAUUCAUGAUGUUUUCCUAAAACAACCUCAUUUCAAGACUGAAGAGUAACUAACUCCAUUGAUAUGGCCAUCACACCUUUUUUUAAGUGCUUUACGGUAGUGUAACGAAACACACUUUAAAGAGGCUAUUAGAAUGGAAAUAAUGUGACUUUAAAUUAGUUGUAAGCAAGCAGACAUCUGACUGUGUGCUACAUAAACUGUUGCGUUAGUCUGUUAGCGAUGGUUAGCUAACUUUAACGUUAUGAGGUAAGAAUAAAGUUAACUCUUUUACAUAGACAGUCACGCCUAAUUCGCUGAAGAUAACUCGCUAAGCUGUUCAAUUUCUCCUGAUCUCUUUUCCUAAUCAAGGACACCGAUACCUUUCAUAUUACUACUGAAAAGAUGCAACAUGCUACAAAGACUGACCUAAGUCUGUUGCUUGAGUGUCUGAAAUGCCAAAUGAAAUGUCCAGACUCUCAGAAGCAAGCACUCCUCACAAUUUAUUCUAUUUGCCAGCAAAGCGGUGAGAAUGUGGAGUUUUUCCAGAAUUUGGGAGGGGUGAUGUUUGUGCAUAGCCUAUCCCGUGCCAGUCCCCAUCCUCAGGUCAAACAGACUGCUCUCUUCAUUCUUGGUGCCUUGGCUGAGUCUUAUGCCUACUGUAAGCAGGCCCUGUGCAGAAAGGACACGUUUGCAGACCUGGUGGAGAGUCUGCAGCCAGAGGUGCCUGUGACCCAGAAGAGGGUGGCUGUCUACAUGCUAUCAGCGCUUGUGUCCAACAACAGGUUGGGACAGGAGUUUGCUCACACUUCAGACUGCAUCCAUGUGCUGCUGAAUCUUUUCAGGUGGAGCUUCCCUUUUUCCUCUGAGGCCAAGGCUGUGGGAGAAACGCAGAUGACACAGCUCUGGACCGCUGUGUCCAGUGCCUUGUGUGGCUGUGUCAACAAUCCCCAGAAUGACCUGAAUCAGCGUGUGUGUAUGUCGGCCUUUCCACUGGUGUGUAGCUGGCUGCAGCAGAUGAGUCCCCCUCGCCCCCAACUGCUCCAGCCCCUCUGCUCCUUCAUCGCCAUGACGCUGCACAACAACAUGUGUGCUCAAGAGUACUUCUCGUCGGUGGGUGGGCUGGGGACGUUGUGUGUGAGCCUGGCUGAUCUGGUACCUGAGAGUGUAAAGAGCCCCCCAGCAUGCAGCAUGGCCAUCAUGCUCACCAAGACACUGGCCGCCUGUGUCACAGACAACCCGGGCCUGGCUGCUGGUCUGUGUGGGCUGCAGCUGGUGCCAGUGUUGCUGCUGCUGCUCUCCUGCCCCAAACUGGACCACAGAGACCAGCUCAGUGUGGUGCUCACUAUGGGUCUCUGCACCGACUCCUCCGAGGAGCACCAAACUCAGCUGUUGGCUAGCGGUGGUCUGCCCCUGGUCAUCUCUCUGCUGACCGACACACAGGACGAGGAGCUCAAGAAAGCUGCAACCUUCGUCCUACAGACCUGCAAAAAGAUCACUGGGAUGCUGGGCCCUGGCCUGGGGUCAUGUCAUGAAGAAGAGCAUCAGAGUGAGUUGGAGAACCACUGGAAAUCUGCCAAGGAUAUACUACAGAGGAUAAACAACCUAGAGAAGCAACAGGCAGGAGAAGAACAGUGGGAACGGGAUGUGGGGAAUUCCGCAGAUCAGCAGGAAGGAACUUUUGGCAUUCCGCUGGCCCCGCCCCCUCAGACCCCUUCACUCCAGCGCUGUGACCCCCCUGAGGAACUCUGGGAAGGGACGCCGCUGCGCAGUGUCAGGGGUCACCACCGGGAGGGACGACUGAGGCACAGGAACAAGACGCACAAAGAGCCUCCUGUGCGGAGGGACAUUUUCGGUAGUGUUCCAGAGCAGGACCUGCCUCUCGAGAGCCACCACGCCACCGUCCAAGACACCAAGAGAGAGAGGGAGGAGAGAGAGAGAGAGGAGACAGAGAGGGAGGAAAGAGAGAGCAACAGAGGGAGUGUUAGCAUGCUGAGGGAGACACAACAGAGGCAGAGAACCAAGGAAUGGAAGAAGAGAGAGAAAGACUUCUCUGUCCAGAGAGAAAGAGGAGAUGUGGAGAGAGAGAGGAGAAGAAGGAGAGAUGUAGUGAUGGAGAGAGAGGGGGGCAGGGAGGAGAGAGAGAGCAGAAGAGGGCGGGGCAGAAUUCCAGCCCAGUUAGACUCCGCCUCCCUCACAGAGACAUACCGCUGUCAACCAGCAGAGGGUGGUAAACACACAGACAGUACCCAUGAGUUCAGGAUACCAGAUCCCCUCCCGAACUCUGUCCCCCGACUCAGACCCCGGUCCUCAUCGGAUGAUGAGAUGUCCAUCUGCUCUGAGAUUCUGGACCAGGAGAUCCAGCGGGUGUUGAUGACCCCUGCCUCCUUUACCCACAGUGCACUGCGCUGCUUAGGUUGUGUGUCGGGUGUGUGUGAUGUGAGCAGCCGAUCCUUCGGCGCCCUCCUGCGCUCCAGCCAACAGAAGUGUGAGACACACCUGCUGCUGCUCCGCGCCGACCAGCACCACCGAAAACAGCUCAAGCACACACACACACUCUCGCACCCCAGCGACACACAUACAUCCUCUCGCUCCAGUGACACAAACACACUCAUCCACGGCAGCGACACACACACACCCAGAGCCUCAAGGGCUGCCGGCAGCCCGGCCAGUCACACACACGGCAGCCCAGAGAGCAGCUACUGUACCGUGGACACACACUGUGAGAGCGACACACACACACACACUCACGCACCUCCACCCCUCAGAGAGAGCAAAGCAGACACAUGCCCAGGGGGCCACACACAGCCUCCUCAUGAGAGAGACGGGAGAGACAGCAGAACACACAGGGAUUACCUCACAGCUGUGAACAUCACUCCUCUGAAAAGGCCCCCCGACAUGCCUGGCAGAAGCCAGUGCAGAGAGGAGCUGAUUAGUGAAGACGAGUCCAACCCUGAGACAGCAGAGGGCUGCUCCAGGAAGAGGGCCAGGAGGAACUUCAGUGAGGAGGAGCUAGCGUUCCUGUGUGAGGGGGUUCGGCGCUUUGGUCCGUCCUGGAACUCCAUCCUCUGGGCAUAUCCCUUCCAGCCCGGCCGCACCAAUGUCGACCUGGCCCAGAAGUACAGUCGCAUGAAGAAAGCUGAAGCUACACAUUGAAACAACAGAGACAGUGCUCUGAACAAAAGAUGUUCAUAAUAACUACAGAGGGUUUCCUAAUACAAAAACAUAUUUAAAUGUCUAUUGUAUAUAUUUGUGUACUUAUUAGUGAUUAUAUUUAUAUUGUAAACACAUAUACUACAUAAAAACAUAAUAUAUUUACAGUAUAUAAUUUAUAAUAAUUUGUUUACUUGGAGCAUUGUGUGCAGAAUUAUAUGUAACAUGUAACAAAUUAUAUGUAACAAAUGUUUGUGGCCAAUUUAGUGUUCUUGGGAAGAGGGGAAUAAACCUGAUAGACUUUUGCAUCUGAAAUAAACUGGUUAAUAAAAA